CCUCGACCAGUGCGGCGGCCACUUUCCCCUCCGGCAUUCUCGUCUCCGGCGAUUGCCUGCCCACCGCCAGCGCUCUUGCGAUGUCGCCCUCGAGGCCGCGCCCAACCAUCUCCAGCUCCGGUGACCUGCCCGCGGACGUGCUGUACGAGGUCCUCCUCCGCAUCCCGGCCAAGGAGCUCUGCCGCCUCCGGGCUGUCUGCCCCUCCUGGCGCUCCCUCACCUCCGACCCGCCCUUCGUCACGGCUCACACGUCCCGCCACCACACGGCUCCCCCGCUCCUCGCCAUGGGCUACCGCGACGACAGUGGGGUCAGUGGCGUCGCGAUUUCGGAUCUGUCGGGCAACGUCGUCAAGCGGAUUCCGGGCACUGAGUAUGAGCUUGUUUUGGUGAACGAGUCGGGUGAUGCCAUUGGCCGGUUCACAGGCAAGAAUGACAAGAUCGGUGUUGUGCGCACGAGGCUAGACCUCGUCUGUUUCAACAGGAAUGCCCUGUCUGGGUCCUUCUGGGUGCUGAACCCAGCCACCGGAGCUACCAUCGACUUGCCAAUGGGCUUCUCCGAGGAAAUUGCGCAUGAGCUAGAGGUGAAGGGAAUAAAGGAAUGGGACUGCCGAGAUGAGUCGUUUGCUUUUGGGCAGGUCUCCUCUAUCAGGGAGUACAAAGCGCUCCGCAUCUCUACAGUUGAUGACCGGAAGGUAUGUGAGGUUAUCACCUUUGUUGACACCAACCAUGGAAGCUGGAGGAGAAAGCAGUACCCUCCGUCCUAUAUCUGUACCAGUCACAAGAUGAGAUGUGCGGUCGUCGAUGGGGUGGUGUACUUCCUGAUGGAAUUUUGCUCCUCCUAUUAUGAAACUGAGGUUUUUACAAUUGAACCUGGUAGCGUAGCUUCGUUCAACCUUGACACUGAGGAGUGGAUGGGUGUUCUACAUGGUCCAGAGCAGCUGCAGAGGUUUGUGCAAGAGAACGGGGAAUACAGUGUCUUCGAAAUUGAACAAGGGUUAUCAUUGGCUGAGUUGAACCCUUGCUUAGUUAUGGUUCAUAAUAUUCAUAACGUAUCUAUGGUCUUGUGGUUUUUGACAGAUUUUGAGAAAGCUAUCUGGGUCAAGAAAUACAGCUUGCCUUCACAUGUUGCUAGGCUUUUUUGGUAUCCUUUUCUCAUGUUAGAUGACACUAUGAGAGAAUUUUCUUCAGUGGGAUGGAAGGCCUAGAAGGUAUAUUAAGUGGUGGAGAGCAAGGAGAGGGAUUUCUGCCAUGUUAUGAUCUCCAAGGAAUGGCAUAUGUACUGAUGAACUAAAACUGAGAGACCCCAGUUCAAUUGGCAUUUACACAGGAAGCCUGCUGAGUUUAUAGAGUAGCUGUCGCUAAUGAGGUGAAUAAUUCAUCGUACUGGCUGUUUACCUUAUGUCGUAAUGUGAACAAUUAGUGAGACAGUGUACUGAUGCAUGCAUCGAUGAAAAAGUACUUUUGUGCCUUCCAAUUAAAGUUUAUUAUCGCAAUCUGCGGUAACGUUUUGCAU